AUGUCCACUUUGACGAAAAGCCAAAUACAGACGAUCAAAGCGACUGUUCCGGUCCUUGCGCAACAUGGAGAAACAAUAACCACCAAAUUCUAUGCGGACCUACUCGUUGCGCAUCCCGAGCUCAAAAACGUGUUCAACAGCACACAUCAAGCGACUGGCCGUCAAGCACGCGCGCUCGGUGCUUCUCUACAUGCAUACGCCUCAAAUAUCGAUGACCUUGGGAGAUUAAGUCCAGCUCUGGAAUUAAUCUGUCACAAACAUGCAAGUCUCUACAUCCAACCAGAAAGUUAUGAUGUGGUCGGCUACCAUUUGCUGAAAGCAAUGAAAGAAGUACUUGGAGAUGCUGCAACGCCCGAAAUUCUUGAUGCCUGGGAAACGGCGUAUUGGCAGUUGGCAAACAUAAUGAUGAGCAAGGAAAAGGACUUGUACCAGCGUGGUGACGGAUGGACAAACUGGAAAAGUUUUAGGAUUGCGAAGAAGAUCAAGGAAGCCGAGGAAAUUACGUCGUUUUAUCUUAAACCCGUGGAUGAGACUUUUUCGCUACCGAUGUAUAAACUAGGUCAAUACAUAUCGGUGAAUGUUCACAUUCUAGAUUCGGAAGGAGGUCAUUGGCAGGCUCGACAAUACAGUAUGAGUGAUUCCCCUGGAAACGAAUAUCUCAGAAUCAGUGUCAAAAGAGAUUCUGAGGCUCAUUCACCGGACUCCAGUCACGUACAUCAACGUGGGCAGAUUUCCAAUCUACUGCAUGACCAGAAAGAUGUUGGGGACGAGAUUCAAGUCUCUCACCCCAGAGGCGAUUUCUACUUCGAGUCGCAACGGAAGGACCAGUCUCCAGUGAUUUUGAUUUCGGCGGGUGUAGGCUCAACAUGUUUAUUGAGCAUCCUGAAAACAAUUUCACAAAACACCACACGACCCAUCACCUGGAUUCAUGGCGCAAGAAAUCACGAGAUGCGUCCCUUCAAAGAAACAGUUGACCAGAUCUGCUCUCGCAAUGAUGCGAUGCACACGGUUUACUUCUCUUCUAGACCACUUCAAACAGAGGUUGAAGGUCGCGAAUAUGAUAAACAAGGGCGAAUCAACCUGGAGAAUGUGAACAAAUGGUUACUUUUUACAGAUGAUGACAGCGCCCAAUAUUUUGUCUGUGGUCCUUCAGAAUUUAUGGUAAAUACGUCCAAGCAAUUGAAACGUUAUGGGGUCAAUGACAAAAACAUCAAGAUGGAGCUUUUUGGAACCGGUGCAAUACCAGACUCAUAG